AAUUUUAAACUUAAUUCUAUUUUUACAAAAAAAAAUUGAUAAGACUACAUUUUACUUCUGAAGAAAAUGGUCUACUUGAACAUUUUUGCCCCCACCGUUAAGCACAAGUCUCUGGCUAAAUGGUUAUUCCUUUGAUAAACUUUAAUUUGAAAUUUGACGAAAUUUAACACCGUUUUUAUCAAAGUUUCAAUUUAGAUUACAAAUUAUACAAGUAUAUCAAUUCAUUUUUGUCGGGCUGUUAUCAGAUCUUAUUGGUUCCAAUUUCAUACCAGUUAACUUACACGAACUAUCUGGGUAUUCCGUUUACAAAGGCAGAAUAUACACAUUUCAUACGUGGAACCGGUUGAGACUAUUGAAAAAUCAAGCGGAGCAACUGGAAUUUUGGAGAAUUCGUCUUGACCUGAAAAUGGUUACUCUCAAUAUGCGAAUUUCUGGAUAUAUCAGUUUGUGGAUUUUGCUGCUUAAAGGAAGUUUUUCCCUCGAGCUCGACGAGGAAUUAAAGACUUUACGAUAUAAUUAUUCGAUGCCUUUAUUUGAGAGAAUUCGGAGCAAAGUCUCAAACACGAGAAUGAAGUUAACAAUGUUCCAGAAAGAACCCACAGACCAGUUCUGUCCGUGUACCUAUCACAACGAUUCCAGUGUCAUUCAAGAUUUAGUGUCAUUUGGGAGCCAUGUAACUCAGUGUUCUAAGGAAAUGCAGGGAAUAGCUUCAAAAAUGUCAACCGAGCAAGGAGGAAGUGAAACAGUGCACACAGUUAAGCAGCAGAUCAAGUACCUGAAGAGACGGAUCGCCUUGAUAAAGCAUUUUAUGGAAAGGGAAGCUCGGCGGAUUCAGAUGUCUCUAGACAGAAUUGCCAAAUCAGAGAAGAACCCGAUCCUUCAUCUCGUCUCACAUCUUAAUCUUCAGAAUGAUAUUCAAUCCAACGACCCUCGUGGACCCAGAAAUAAAAUAUACAGUUAUUUAGUUCAACAAAAUCGACAAAGAAAGCCAUUACUUGCACAACAGAUUUCCCAAGUGGACGUUUGUAGUAGCUUCCAAAAGAAAUUCUGUACAGUACGAGAUCUGAUUGUUAUUGAUGAGGAAUCCUAUUUGGCCAGGAUCAAAAGAACUAAAUUUCUGGUAUACUAUCAUAUAAACGGAACAAUGUUGGGAAAAUUCCAGACUCCUUCUUCGAUUCAGGGAUUGGCUCGAUUGAGUCGAGGUAAAGAUGUGAUUAUAGGGAGUCCAAGGAGACAAAAGAUAUUUGUGCUGCGUCUAGUUCCACAAAUCAGUUUACUGCGUGAGAUUAAUAUUGGCGGGAAGUGUCCGUAUGGGUUGACAGAGGUCGAAGAUAAGAUAGCUAUUGCCUGUGCGGAGAGUAUCCGCUUCUACGACAAAUCUUGGUAUUUACUUAAUGAAUUUCCAAUCACCAAUCUAACAUAUAAUGGAAAAGGAUUUUCGUGGCUGACCUUUAACCCCGUUUCACGUCUGCUUCUCUUCACCAACUCCGAAACUCGGCGGUAUAUCGGUAUAAAUCUGGAUGGGAAGGUCGUUUUCCAGAAAGAAUCGUCAUGGUUUCCACUUUCCUCCCCUACCAGUGUUGUCGUGAAUGCCAACGGAGACCAGUAUGUAGCUGACAUGUAUAAAAAGAGAAUAGUGAAAUAUGGAUUGGACGGUGGUUUCUUGGGUCAUCUACAGAAUAUUAUAGCUAGUUCUGUUAAUAUGGUGAACAAUAAUACCUUACUGAUAGGAAAUCAACUUAGUCAGGUUUCACUGUAUAGAUUACUCUAAGAUUUCUGAUGGGUGAGUAUAGCCUGGAUGAGAACUCGUUUUUUUAAAAUUAUAUAUUAAAAUGAUACUGUAAAUUGUUCAACAUAUUAAAAAUUAUAAAAGAUCAA